AUGGCACUACACGAUGGGCGUGAUGCAUUAGACGAUGUGCAUGAUGCGUUAGAUGAUAGGCAUCGACGCUACACGAUGAGCGUCAGCGAGAGCUACACGAUGAGUGGCAACGAGAGUUGUGCGAUAGGCUGUGUACUACACGAUGAGCGAGAGCGAGAUCGUUGGGUGAUGAGCAUCAGUGAGAGAUCACUGAACGAUGAGCUGCACGAUGGGGCGCAUCAAGAUAAAAGCGUUACAAGAGCACAAGACGUGUGGGAGAUCGUGGAGAACGGUUUCCAAGAGGCAGAAGCUGGAGUCGAUCAAGAGCAAAGAGAUGCCUUAAAGGAGACAAGAAAGAAGCACAAGAAGGCCCUUUAUAUCUUAUAUCAAUCGAUGGACGAAGAUACGUUUGAGGCCAUCGCCAAUACGGAGACGUCAAAGGCGGCAUGGAACAAGCUCCAAUCGACUCAUAGAGGAGCCAAUCGUGUGAAAAAGAUGGAGGUGAUAGCAGAAUAUCACACAAAAGUAAUGGUUGUCGUCAACCAAUUGAGAUGGAAUGUUGAAGAAAUCACCGAUGUUCGUGUCAUGGAGAAGGUUCUACAAAGUCUAAAUACAAAGUUCGAGAUUAUCGCCACGAUGAUCGAGGAGACACAGGAUCUCGAGAACAUGACAAUUGAACUAUUUAUAGGCUCGUUACAAGCCUAUGAGGAGAAAAAGAAAAGGAGGAUGGAGCAAACAAAGACCGUUGAACAACUUCUCGAACUCAAAAUCAAGGAGGAGAAUUGUCGUGGACGUGGAAGAGGUCGUGGUUGUCGAGGCCAUGGUGGAAGAGGUGAAGCCAACACCGAUAUUUCUCAAAACUCGUCUGAAUCCUCAAGAGAAAGAGGAGGUCGAGGUCGUGGAAGACGUGGUGGAAGGUCUGGGAGAGAUAAAUCUCAGGUCCAAUCAACCGCUAGCACAUCAAAAGCCCAUCAAGGGCAAUCCAAUUAUGCAGAGGAGAAUGGAACCUUAUUUAUGGUUUCAAAGGGAGAAGAAGAGAGUCAAGAUAGUAUGUGGUAUCUUGACACAGGAGCCUCGAAUCACAUGUGUGGAAAACGCGAGAUGUUUAUGGAGUUGAACGAGAUGGAGAAAGGUAAUAUUGCCUUUAGAGACAAUUAUUUGGCCGCCAUUAAAGGAAUAGGACAAUUGUUAGAGAAAGGUUUUGAGGUUCAAAUGAAAAUCAAUUGUUUGUAUUUGAGGGAUAAUCAUGAGAGACUUAUUGCUAAAGUCUCCAUGACCAAAAACUGA